CGAUAGCAAACCGCGAUCCGGCAUUCAUCACUAGCCAAACAGCUGCAGUCGCAACAGCGAGAAAAGCGAGAAGAGAAAUUCGAAAACUUUCGCAAAAUGAGCCUUCAAAAUGUCUGCCGUAGGGGCAAUUCCUUCAACCUGUUGAACGUCACCAGGAAAGUUCAAUGCCGCACUUUAUCGGCCGCUGUGGCGAAUCCACAACCGAAGCAGAAGAACGGCCAGAAUAUUGUGCUCGUCGAUGGCGUCCGCACACCCUUCCUGACCUCCGGAACCACCUACUCCAAGCUGAUGCCCCACGAACUGGCCAGGCACUCGCUUUUGUCGUUGUUGCAAAAGAACCGCCUGGACAAGGAGCUCAUUGACUACAUCGUGUACGGCAGCGUUAUUCAGGAGGUGAAGACCUCCAACAUUGCCAGGGAGGCAGCCUUAGCAGCUGGAUUCAGCAACAAGACACCUGCCCACACUGUCACCAUGGCCUGCAUCAGUUCCAAUGCGGCCAUCACCACGGGCAUGGGUCUGAUUGCCACCAACACCUACGAUGUCAUCGUGGCCGGCGGCGUGGAGUUCAUGUCUGAUGUGCCCAUUCGUCACUCCCGCAAGAUGCGAUCCCUGCUCCUGAAAGCCAACAAGGCCAAGACCCUGGGGCAGCGGCUGUCCCUGCUGUCCACUUUUAGGCCAGAUUUCCUGGCCCCCGAGCUGCCCGCCGUGGCGGAGUUCUCCUCCGGCGAGACCAUGGGACACUCGGCCGAUCGUCUGGCAUCCGCCUUCAACGUAUCCCGCAGCGAGCAGGACGAGUAUGCCCUGCGAUCCCACACCCUGGCCAAGGAGGCCCAGGAGAAGGGCUAUUUCACCGAUUUGGUUCCCUUCAAGGUGUCCGGCGUGGACCAGAUCGUGGACAAAGACAAUGGCAUCCGCGUGUCCAGCCCCGAGAGCCUGGCCAAGCUGAGGCCCGCCUUCGUUAAGCCCUACGGCACUGUGACUGCAGCGAACGCCUCCUUCCUGACAGACGGAGCCUCUGCUUGCAUUAUCAUGACCGAGGAGAAGGCUAAGCAGCUGGGCCUGAAGCCCAAAGCUUAUCUGCGCGACUUUCUGUACGUGUCGCAGGAUCCCGUCAACCAGUUGCUGCUGGGACCCGCCUACGGAAUUCCCAAGCUGCUCAAGAAGGCCGGACUUACCCUGAAGGACAUUGACUCCUGGGAGAUUCAUGAGGCAUUCGCCGGACAGAUCGUGGCCAAUCUGAAGGCUCUUGACUCCGACUGGUUCUGCAAGACGUAUUUGGGCCUGAGUGAGAAGGUCGGCACCCCCGAUCUGUCCAAGUGGAACAACUGGGGUGGUUCCCUGUCUAUCGGCCACCCCUUCGCCGCCACAGGAGUCCGCCUCUGCAUGCACACGGCCAACCGCCUGGUCCGCGAAGAUGGCAAGCUGGGAGUGGUCGCCGCCUGUGCAGCUGGAGGACAGGGCGUGGCCAUGCUUAUUGAGCGCUAUCCGGGCGCCACCGCCGACUGAAAUCGCCAAUUAUUCGACAAGGAGGAGAGUGCAGUUUGACUGCGAGAUUGCUAGCUUUUAUACACUUUACAACUAUGUCUAUUACGAAUAAAGAAAUCUGAAUUUUA